CAAAAUACGGAAAUGCGCGACAAAAAGAAGAAGCAACGUUACUUGACAUGCCUCUCAGGGCGUAAAAAAAAAGACUGAAAAAGUUCAGUCUGUCGAACAAAUCGGGGAACGAGAGUCGACGAAAUGUUACAAAUAAAAUAAAUUUAUGCAUUAACUCGAUGUUAACAAACUUAAUAUAGUCGAACGUAUAUUUUUGUACUCAAACAUUUAACAAACACCCUAAAACACCAAAAGUGCAUUUAAACAAACCCCCAAAUUGUGUGAAACAGUGGCCAAGAGGAAAGAAAAGCAAUAAUCCGACACCAAGCCUGGUUCAUAAAUUAAUAGAGCAAAGAAAAUAUAAAAAGUGUUCAGCCGCGAAUUAAAACCUUAACAGUGAAAUUCGCAUAACUCAUUUGCCAAAACAACCACACCAAAAAGUAAAUAAAUAAAGCCGAAGUGAACGUGAUACGUCCUCAACCCACAUAGAAGAUAAAUACACAACUAGAAGCUGUCCACCAUGCGUCGAAAUAUCAAGCUGAUCGUCUUCGUGAGCAUCAUCUGGAUGUUCGUGAUGGUCUACUACUUCCAGUCCAGCACGGAGAAGGUGGAAAAUCGAGCUCUGCGGCUACGCGAGGUGGCCACCGCCAUGCAGCAGUUCCAGGAGGACUCCUCCUCCGCGGGCGCAGCCUCCACCGCCCGCCAGUGGGCGCCAGUCGGCGGAGCGGGCCCCGGAGGUGCUUCGCCUGGCAGCGGGGCCGACGAUCCCGGCGGCAAUGUCAUCCUAAUCGGGUCAGUUAAGGACUUCGAGCGCAAUGCCGUCCACGGGCUCAAGUUGAAUGGCAUUGUGGCCCUCGAAGAAACGUCUCAGGGUGUCAGUGGUGGUACUGGUGGUCCUGGAGGUCGACUUCCCGUCGCCCCCAGUGGGCGAGGCACUGAAAUCGAAUACUUUGAUGAGGCCGGCUACAUACGAGCAGGUGCCCUGCGAAAUGGGGAGGAUCCCUACAUAAGAAACCGCUUCAACCAGGAGGCCAGCGACUCCCUGCCCAGUAAUCGUGAGAUUCCCGACACCAGGAAUCCAAUGUGUCGGAACAAGAAAUAUCGCGAGGACCUGCCCGAGACGAGUGUAAUCAUUACUUUCCACAACGAGGCCAGGUCAACGUUGCUGCGCACCAUUGUCAGUGUCCUGAAUCGCAGUCCCGAGCACUUGAUCCGAGAAAUCGUCCUGGUGGACGACUACAGUGACCAUCCCGAGGACGGCUUGGAGCUGGCGAAGAUCGACAAGGUACGUGUGAUCCGCAACGACAAGCGCGAGGGUCUAGUUCGGUCCCGAGUCCGGGGUGCAGAUGCCGCUGUCAGCGGCGUGCUGACCUUCCUGGACAGCCACGUGGAGUGCAAUGAGCGGUGGCUGGAGCCUCUGUUGGAGAGAGUUCGCGAAGAUCCCACCCGCGUGGUCUGCCCCGUCAUCGAUGUGAUCAGCAUGGACAACUUCCAGUACAUCGGGGCAUCGGCCGACUUGCGUGGCGGCUUCGAUUGGAAUCUGAUCUUCAAGUGGGAGUACCUGAGUCCUUCCGAGCGGGCGAUGCGGCACAACGACCCUACGACCGCCAUCAGGACGCCUAUGAUUGCCGGCGGACUGUUCGUCAUCGAUAAGGCGUACUUCAACAAGCUGGGCAAGUACGACAUGAAAAUGGAUGUUUGGGGCGGCGAGAACCUGGAGAUAUCCUUCCGGGUGUGGCAGUGCGGCGGAAGUCUGGAAAUCAUUCCCUGCAGUCGCGUGGGUCACGUAUUCCGCAAACGACAUCCCUACACUUUCCCCGGCGGCAGUGGCAACGUCUUCGCCCGGAAUACGCGACGUGCCGCAGAGGUCUGGAUGGAUGACUACAAGCAGCAUUACUACAAUGCCGUUCCUCUCGCCAAAAACAUUCCCUUCGGAAACAUUGACGACCGUCUGGCUUUGAAGGAAAAAUUGCAUUGCAAGCCCUUCAAGUGGUAUCUGGAGAAUGUCUAUCCCGACCUGCAGGCCCCCGACCCACAGGAGAUUGGCCAAUUCAGACAGGAUGGCACCGAGUGCCUAGACACAAUGGGCCACUUAAUCGACGGCACUGUGGGCAUCUUCCCUUGCCACAACACGGGCGGCAACCAGGAGUGGGCAUUCUCGAAGCGGGGCGAGAUCAAGCACGACGACCUCUGCCUGACCCUGGUGCAGUUCGCCCGGGGGUCCCAGGUAGUGCUGAAGGCCUGCGACGAGUCGGAGAACCAGCGAUGGAUCAUGCGGGAGGGCGGCCUGGUGCGCCACCACAAGAUCAACGUGUGCCUGGACUCGCGGGACCAGAGCCAGCAGGGAGUGAGUGCCCAGCACUGCAACUCGGCGUUGUCCUCGCAGCGCUGGUCCUUCGGCAAGUACGCGUGAGAGGGAAGUCUAAGCUAGACUUAGAGGAUCGAGUGAUAUAUACGAGGAAGUCGAGGGAUUCGAUAGGCGAGCCUACUACUGAGUUUGUGCGUGCGAACUGUAUGUGUAUGAUUGUAAUGAUGAUUUACCAAGUUGAUUUGUUGCUGAACACAAAACACUCACUCAUUAUUAUAAUAUUACGACUAUUAUAUACUAUUCUUUAGUUGAAAAGGGUCACAAACUUUGUCACUUCAAAUCAACUUCUCGCGAGGGGGUUAAUUUUAAAAAUCGCUACCUUUACAAAAUCCAACAUAAAUGCAUACAAAAAAUGUACUUAGACUGAUUAAUUUUUUGUAUAUGUAUAAAAAUAUAUGAAAGCGAAAUAACAGAAAGUGAAAUUAUAAACUUUGGCAGCUGAAAAUACUGAAAAAACACUGAGCUACAGCUAAUUUGCAUUCCCAUAGCCGACGCAUUCUCAUCGAGUCAAUUAAGGUCUAUAUACGAAAAUUCCAGAUUAGUGUCCGUAAUGUUCGAGUCCUGUUCGAACUUCGAAUGCCCAUGCCCAGCUCUGAGUCUUCUCAAGUUUGUACUUAAACAAAACAUGAAAUGUUAUCAUUAGUUUUAAUUAUACACCUAAGUGAAAUCAUUUAAAACCUAUAUGAAAUAUGUAUGUGUAUAUAAUGAGAAGGAAAUAUUAUUUUAGUUGAAAUGCUUGUUGAAAUGCCGCGAAACGAAAAACAAACGAGACAUUUCGAUUAAAUUUUAUGAGUAUUUUUUAUAAUAUUUGCAAAUCGGAAAAGUAUAUUGUCUCUGGCGUUUUACUCUCGAUUGGUUAUUGUUCGAAUGCAUAAAUCAUUUCAAAGUUUUUCAAACGAAAAUUGACAUGCUUUUUAUCACAGACAUUCAACCAUUCAUGAUGGGGCAGAUUCAGCAAAAACGAGAUUUCAAAUAGCCUAAAAAAUUACAAAUUAUUAAAUCCAAAUAUUGUAUAUUUGUUUUUGUGUGUACAGUGCAUCUAUUCAGAGAACGAAUUAAAUGAGUUUUUAAUUUAAAACAUCUGGAUAUGCAAGAGAAAAAAUUGAAAACAAUAAAUAAAAACAUUAAAA